ACUUCUGAUUUCUGAGUCUUCUUUCUAUUUUUAAUUUUUUGAGUGUUUAAAUAUUGGCCAUUGCAUCCAUUGCUUAAUCUUCAGGAGACAGACUCACUGGACUGGAGUAUAAGAUAUAUGCUUGUUUGCUAAGCUGCUUAUUUCUCUUUGGUUUCUACUUUCUAAAUGAGAUUAUCUAGAAUGAUGAUGGUCUUAAACAAAUUUAUCUUGGAAGCUUGAAAGCUUGGUUUUGAUUCAAAUUUGAAGAGGUCUUAAUGGGGAAUAUACUGAGUCAGAACAGUUCCAAGACUAGAUCUAGUAGUUCUUUUGAGGUUUUGCAAGGGGAAGCUUGCAAGAGACAGAGGUUGUUAUCAAGCAUUCUCGACGACAACUUGAGAAUAAUUCCGGCACUUCCUAAUGAGGUAUCAACUCAGAUUCUAGCUAGAGUUCCUCGAAUUUAUUACUUGAAUCUGAAGUUAGUUUGCCGCACUUGGAAGGAAGCUCUUGAGAAUUCUGAACUAUUUCAUGUGAGAAAAGAGCUUGGAACCACAGAGGAAUGGCUUUACAUACUAACAAAGGUCAAGGAUGACAAGCUUUUAUGGCAUGCCUUAGACCCUCUUUCCAGAAGAUGGCAAAAGUUGCCACCAAUGCCAAAAGUUGGCUUUGAAAAUGAAUCAAAGCAGGGUGUGUCUUCCUUUCCCCUUUGGAGCAUGGUGAGUUCAAGCAUCAGAAUUGCUGAUAUUAUAAUGAGCUGGCUCGGCCGGAGGGACGCGCUGGACCGGAUGCCAUUUUGCGGUUGCUCAAUUGGAGCUGUUGAUGGUUGCAUCUAUGCAGUAGGAGGAUUUUCAAGAGCUUCAGCAAUGAAAUCUGUUUGGCAGUAUGAUCCAGUGAAAAACACUUGGACUGAGGCAAGUCCAAUGUCUGAUGGAAGAGCCUAUUGCAAGACUGGUAUAUUGAAUAACAAGCUUUAUGUUGUUGGAGGGGUUACAAGGGGUCAUGGUCAUGGUGGACUAAUCCCCCUUCAAUCUGCAGAAGUAUAUGACCCCAUUACAGGUAUAUGGUCCCAAUUACCUAGCAUGCCUUUUGCAAAAGCUCAGGCUCUACCAACUGUUUUUCUAGCUGGUUUGCUCAAGCCUAUUGCCACUGGAAUGAGUUCAUAUAGGGGAAGGUUAUUUGUCCCUCAAAGCCUGUAUUGCUGGCCAUUUUUUGUUGAUGCUGGUGGAGAAGUUUAUGAUCCAAAUGUGAAUUCAUGGCUUGAAAUGCCAAUUGGCAUGAGUGAAGGUUGGCCUGCAAGGCAAGCUGGAACAAAAUUGUGUGUUGCUGUCAAUGAUGUUCUGUAUGCUCUUGAUCCUUCAGAUUCUCUUGACAGCACUGCAAAGAUCAAGGUGUAUGAUUUUGAAGGUGAUGCUUGGAAAGUUGCUGCAGGGGAUGUUCCUAUUCAUGAUUCAGCUGAUCUAGAAUCUCCUUAUCUUUUGGCUGGUCUACUUGGAAAACUUCAUGUGAUAACUACAGAUGGUGAUCAUAACAUUGUAGUGUUGCAGGGUGACAUGCAAAAUGGUUUGGCUUUCUCCAAAUUCAGUGAAGAUGGUGAAUCAUCAGCAGAAACUGAGAAAGAAUUUUGGAGGGUUCUUGCAACUAGGAGUGGUAGAUCUGCUGAACUAGUUAGCUGUCAAACACUUGAAAUUUGAAAAAUUUGAGAAUAUAAACUUCUCUUAUAGUUAAAAUAUCAUAGUAUGUCUUUGUUGGUUAAUGUGAUUGCUUUUCUGAAUAUGUGGGAGUCCUAUGGGCUUAUGAAGCUGAAGUUUUAGCCAUCUUUAAUAUACGUUAAUAGUAAAUGUUACAUUUACAUUUUGAGUAAA